UGACCCCCAUAGCCUUUUAGAAAGAGAGAACGUAUAGAUGCUUUUGUUGUAUGCAUAUUUAUGUAAUGAUGUUGAUCAUGAUAUGAUGAUGAACAUACCAUGAAAAUCUUCAUCGUCAUCAACAGUAAAGAAGAAUAUCUUAAUAUCUUAUGAUCACAUAUAUAUCCAAGCUUCCUUUUCAUAUGUUUUGUUUUCAUGGUACCAUUUUCUUUUGACACUUUCUGCUUCAUUUCCUCCACCGUCCACCACCACCACAACCUCUAAUCAAUCUCUCUCUCUCUCUCUAAAACUUUUUUUUUCCACUUUUUCUUGGUAUAAAGGUGAAGCUUUUAAAUUUGCUUUUUGUUCUUGUUGGAUUCCCACAUGUUUUUUAUUAGAAAGAUGAGUUCUUUUUAGAUCUUUAUGAGUAUUUUUGUGACUGCAAAAGGACUAGCUUUAUAAAGAUUAAAACAAGAUUGAAUUUUUGAUAUUUUUUUUUUUAAGUUUUCAUCAUCAUAUAUGAAUUGAAAUGGCUGAAGAAGAGAAGAUGAUGAGAGGGGAUAAUAUUAUGGUGGACAGUUCUACAGGUAACUACAACUGUUACUCUGAAGAUAAUCAUCAUCACCCUAAUGCUACAACUACCUUUGAAACAAGCCCUUUAGAGAUCUACAACUUUGAGUCACACAACUCAGUGAGUCACAACUCAGCUCUUUUCUGGAAAGGACCUUCUCCUUCUUCCAAACCCAUCACUGAUUCAGAUUUCUAUCACUUUGAUGAGUCAUCUCUUCAAAGAUGUGUGUUUCCUUGUGAACCAAAUGAAAGGCCAAGUCAAGGUCUUUCUCUUUCUCUCUCUUCAGCUAACCCUUCUUCAAUAGGGUUACAGUCAUUUGAGCUUGUAAGACCACAAGAACACCAUUUUCAACAUCAUCACCACCAAGGGUAUUUUGGGAAACCCAUGACUAUGGAUCAUGACAUGAUGAUUCAAGAUAGGUUUUUGGGAAAGCCAGGAAAUAUAAUUAAUAGUAGUGGUGGUGAUGGUGAUGGUGGUAGUGGUAGUGGUGGUGGUGGUGGCUAUAAUAACCAUCAAAGUGCACACUACAACAUAAGAAACUCAAGGUACUUAGUUCCGGCACAAGAACUACUCACUGAGUUCUGUAAUCUUGCAUCAAAGCAAAGUGAUCAUUCACCAAAAGCAAAGGCUCCAGCUACAACUUCAAAUCCAUGGCAAGAUCAUGACAACUUGAAUGAUGCUAGUUCUUCAAAAACCAAAUCUUUAUCUUCUAUUGAGUUUAUGGAAUUACAAAAAAGAAAAACCAAGCUCCUCCAAAUGCUAGAAGAGGUUGAUAGAAGAUACAGGCAUUAUUGUGAUCAGAUGAAAACAGUUGUGUCCUCAUUUGAAGCAGUGGCUGGUCAUGGUGCUGCAAAAGUCUACUCAUCCUUGGCUUCAAAGGCAAUGUCAAGGCAUUUUAAAUGUUUGAGAGAUGGAAUUGUGAGCCAGAUCAAGAUGAUGAAGGUUGUGAUGGGAGAAAAAGAUGUUUCAGCCCCUGGGGCUAGUAGAGGGGAGACUCCAAGACUUAAGACACUUGAUCAAACCCUAAGGCAACAAAGGGCUUUUCAACAAAUGACCAUGAUGGAUAGCCAUCCUUGGAGGCCUCAACGCGGUUUGCCUGAGCGUUCGGUUUCCGUUCUUCGCGCUUGGCUAUUCGAACACUUUCUCCAUCCGUACCCUAAUGACGUCGAUAAACACAUUCUUGCACGACAAACCGGUCUCUCCAGAAGCCAGGUAUCAAAUUGGUUUAUUAAUGCAAGGGUGAGGCUGUGGAAGCCCAUGGUGGAGGAGAUGUACAUGGAAGAAAUAAAAACAAAUCAAGAUCAAACCAUGGAAGGAACCUCAGAUGGAUUAAACCCGAACCCAGAACCGGACCAGAAACCGACUGCGGAAGAGCUUGUUCGGAUAGAUUCCGAGUGUCUUUCUUCCAUCAUCAACCACCCUGAAAAAAUGGACCAACGUCUCACUAAAACACAAGAUCAUGACUUUAACCAAGGUUUUCCUAGGGUUACAAACUCAUUUGGGGCUGUGGAACUGGACUUUUCAACCUACAACAAUCCUCAUAACUUUGGUGGUGGUGGUGGUGGAGGGGUGUCUUUGACCUUAGGAUUACAACAACAUGGCGGCGACCGUAGUGGUGGAAGUGGUGGUGGUGGAGUGAGCUUAGCGUUCUCUCCUACUCAAAAUUCCCUAUUUUACCCUCGGGACCAUAUGGAAGAUUGUCAAACAUCAGUCCAGUAUUCUUCUCUCUUGGAAGGUGAUCAAGAACAAAAUCUGCCUUACAGAAACCUUAUGGGUGCACAACUCCUUCAUGACUUGGCUGGUUGAAAACAAUUAUAUUUAACAAAAUAUGAUCUAGUAACAUAUAUUAUAUAUAUUUAAAUCAUUAAAACAAAAUACAUGGAGUAUGAUUUUGAAUUUGUAGGCUUCUUCUAGCUCAAGGGUAUACUUCAUUGGCUUUAGAUUUACAUUCAAGUUUAGAACUUGAAGGAUAGUGUAGUUUUCGAAUUGUUUCUUGUUUCGAUUCGAUGGACAUUUUAUUUUAGUCGUUUUUAUGGGUAUUAUGAACAUCUAAAUGCUCCCCUUGUUAGUAUUAUGAA